AUGUUUUGGCGACUGAGCUUCUUGGCGAUUUCGGCUGGGCUGCUCUUUGGGGUGGACAUCGCAUCCAUUGGAGCAGCCUUGGAAGGUAUGGCCCAGGCAUUUUGUGCAUCGCUGCAGAACUUGGGCUUGGAAGACAAUGCCAGCGAAUGGGUGGUCUCUGGUGCCAAAGGCGGUGCUGUCUUCGGUGGCCUCUUUGGCGGUGCGCUAAUGGUUUCGAGGGGUCGACGGACGAGCAUCAGGUUAUCUGCCUUGCCUUUCUUUAUUGGACCCUUGCUGAUUUUUACAGCACAGAGCUUUUGGCAGGCCUUCAUCGGCCGUCUGCUGAUGGGUUUGGGGUUCGGAUUAGCCUCCGUGGCCACACCCAGUUACCUCAGUGAGGUGGUGGUGCCCGUUCACAGGGGCUUGUUUGAGGCCAUGUACGAGCUUGGAAUUGCCACUGGGAUGCUGCUGGCCGCACUACUGAAUCUUUUGCUGCAGGCGCUCAGCGUGGAGGGUCAGUUGGGAACCCUGGCCUGCUGGCGAUAUCAGGCAGGACUGGUGCCAUGCGCCUUCGCCGUGCCUCUGCUACUGCUGUCUUUUGCUGUACCAGAAUCCCCGAGGUGGCUCAUGCAGACAGUCACCCCCAGCAGCCUUUUGGCCUCGCUGGGGGAGAUUGUGUGGCUGGGGCGGCCCGGAGCACGACAGCGGAUGGAAACGGUGAAGACCUGGACCAACUCUGAAAAUGGUUCCGAAGCUCUCGAAGCCUUCGAUGCCGAAGUUCUCGACGAGGAGGAGUCAGAAAAGGCCAACUCGAAGGACGACCUGAUUCGACUGUGGGAUGAGCAGCACAAAGCCCUCGGAAAUCCACUCUUCUCGAGGGAGAUCUCGCGCGAGGAAGUGGCUCAAAAACGACGAACCUGUGCUGUGCUGCUGGGGACCUUCAUCGAUGCAAAAGACAUCCUCAUCGGUAGGGUGCCUGGUGCGCGACAAGGCCUAACACUGGCGUUGGCGGCGGCUGUUUUGAAUCAGGCUUGUGCAUCCACCAGCAUCUUGAUUUAUGCACAGAAGCUCCUGCAAACUGCGGGCGUUCAGCGUCAGACCGAACAAGAUGCACAGAGCACCAUCAUCAUCGCUGCAAAGCUCCUGGGGGUGAUUCUGGGCCUCUUUCUGGUGGAACGUGUCACACGCAAAGCCUUGCUUGCUGCGGGUGGAGCUGGCAGUGCUAUAUCCCUGGCGCUGCUGCUGGUGGGGAUGCAACUGUCCAGCAAUGUGCUUCUCAUGACUGGCAUGGGUUGCUUUGUCUUGUGCUUCUAUAGCACCUGGGGCGUCGGCUAUUGGGCCGUAGUUGUGGAGGUGACCACCGUUGGAGGUCCACGCUAUGCCUCAGCAGCACAAGCCAUGUGCACGGCCACCCUUUUUUUCUUCGGCUGGUUGACUUCCCUGACCUUUGUGCAGGUCAUGUCUUUGGGAUCCUUGGGGAUUCUGGUGUAUGUCACCGUCGCAGUGCUGAUGUUUGCCUAUGGGAGGUGUUGGCUACCCGAGACCUCUGGACAUUCCUUGGAGGAGUGCGCCUAUAGCGUUGAACAUCAGGGCGAUGUCUGCUUGGCGACCGAUUCGGAUGGCUCUGACGACUUUGAACUCUCUUCCACUGACUCAAGCGAGCGCCCUGGGAUGGAACGAGGAACCUGA